GUGGUCCAUGUAAGGAGCGGUAAAGACAGGAAGUCCUUCCUCGAUGAAGAAAACUUGUAUUGAGUGCGGAAGUGAAACAUAAGUUCAGUUGGCCACACAAAGGACGCGUUAACGGCAUAAACGGAGGUCAUUAAAACAGCCAUCUGAGAUUUAGCUACAGCAUGGCCACCGCAGAGACGGUGUACAACACCACCACAACAGUGCAGGAGCCCAAACCCAGAAGGUUCAUCGUGCCAUCAGAGAACCUGGACACAGUUAGAUUCGGGAUAAAAGUGAUUGAAGUGCUCCUCUCGUUUGUGGCUUUUGUGAUGGAGGAGGCCGUGUCCAGCUGUUCGCAGUGUGGACCGCUCUACUUUUUUGAAUUUGUCAGUUGCACAGCCUUCCUCUUCACGCUGUUGCUCCUCAUCCUUCUGGCCACAGUGUUGCACCAGAAAGUUGGAAUUAACUGCUGGCCGACUCUGGACUUCGGAUACACAAUAGCCAUGGCAAUGUUCUUCAUGCUUGCCAGCAUUGUGUUUGCGGCAGACAAUGGUCAGACAGAUCUGGAGCGAGGCGCAGUGGCGUUUGGCUUCCUGGCCACGGGGGCCUUCUUUGUGGACUUUGUUUUGUUUGUGAAAAAACAGGGCAUUCCUUGCCGAAAGGGAAACAACCAACCAGCAGACCGCACACCCAGACCAGAGAGUGAAAAACUUAACUCUAAUGGAACUGACUCCGUGAACUGAAGCUUCUAGAAGCAGUUUGCUGCCAUAUUCAAAAGCUUUUUCCCCUUUUUAAAAAAAAUUUUUAUACAUGAGAAACGUUUUUACCCAAAGAAAAAAAAAAAAAAUUUCCAUUUCAGUCCGUUUGUAACUGGCAUGUUGAACCAGUUUUAUAUUGUGUCUGAAAUAUUGUAUAUUUUUUAUAAUUUUCCAAGUGAAGUAAACAGCAUUAGACAAUAUCCUUUAUAAAACAAACAAAAAUAUAUACUCUGUAUGGCCAUAUUUAAUUAAUUCGUCAUUUCCUUAUUGGAGUGUAUUUGCUGCACAAUUUUAGGCAAUUUAUUCUUAUGAAAUACAAGUACUUUUUAUCCAGUACAAAAAGAUGCAGUGUAUUUCUUAAAGAAGUACUCAUUGCUGAUUGUUUUUAUAGUCAUAUCUGCUUUCCUGAAAUAAUAUAUUUUGGAAAAAAUUUGGAUUUGAUCAUGUUGACAUUAUUAUUACCUGUUUUAACAGCACAGGAAUAUGAUAUUGGAUCAGAAGUAUAAAAAAAAUCAUGAAAUAUUUUAUUUUUGACCCUUGCACUGUAUACAAAAAUGUCAUUAAAUCAUUUUACCUGUAAAGUUAUUUAAUGAAUGUGGUAACAGCAACAUGAAGAUGUUAUGGCCCUGUGAUGAUCAUGUUUCGCUGUGCAAGGGAUGUCGGGGGUGUACAGUCAGAUUAUUAUUAUUAUUAUUUUUAAUUAAAACAUCAAUUUUGUAUUGUGUGGGACUAGAAAUGUUGUAUAUUUUCUUUUGUUCUUCAUCUUGUUCCACGUGAGUCCAGAUUGUGUUUUUUGUGAGCGUGUUUAUCUAUGAACCUGAAUAUCCUUUCCAAACAGAUAUUUGUCUUCAUGUGGAGGUAUGUGCGUGUAGGUGUUUUUUUUAAAUGCCCGUAGAGAUGAAUGGACUGCAAGUUUUGUGAGACACUAAUCAGCUUGACGCUUCCACCCUCCUGAGCUGUACAUCUGACUGCUGCUUCCUUAUGUUAAUUAAACAUUGUGUAUAUUUUAAUUCCUGAUAUUGUGUUGAUGCUUUGAACAUUGAUUUGACAUUUUCUUAUUAUUCCUUCAUAAGAUUUGGAUCCAUCAUUGAGUUCAUUGUAAUCUUUGCUAAGGAAUGUAUGACUUUUAAAAUGAAAAGACUAAGGGGUCUGAUCGAAAACCAGCAUUGUGUCUACAAAAGGUCCCAUGGAACAUUUUACAGCACUGUUUUUGUAAACGUCAUCUAUGCAUUCCAGUUUAACAAUAAAUAGCGGGCUCCG